CAUCUUGGAAUCGAAAGUAACUGUAUCGGACAAUCGAGAUUUUCGUUCAAAAAUCUAGAACGGCGCGGUUCGCGUCACUUCUCGAAGCUUCCUGAAUACACGAGACUCGCUGUUUGUAUAUAGAGGGCCUGCCGCGCCAGCCGAGCUCUCAGUAUAAUACGAGACUUUGAUCAGUAAAGACGUUUAGUAACAGUGUUACGAAUAUAUCCUAUACCUCUCACUCAGAGGACAAACAUAAACCAAGUGAUUUAACAAAGUUCAGUUGUGAAAAUUGCAUUGUGAAUAACGAUCAACAACACAUUUCAUUGAGUUUUUCAAAAGAAAACGAACGAAGCAAUAAACAAUGGGUAAAGAUUACUACAAGAUUCUUGGCAUUGCCAAGGGUGCCAGUGACGACGAAAUCAAAAAGGCCUACCGCAAGCUCGCGCUCAAAUACCAUCCAGACAAGAACCGAGCGGCUGGAGCGGAAGAAAAGUUCAAAGAGAUAGCCGAGGCUUACGAGGUAUUGUCGGACACGAAGAAGCGCGACGUCUACGACAAAUUCGGCGAAGAGGGUCUCAAGGGUGGCGUCGGCAGCGGCGGUGGCGGUGGCGGCAGCAGCGGUGUCGGUGGAACCCAAUACACCUUCCACGGCGAUCCCCGCGCCACAUUUGCCCAGUUCUUCGGCACUUCCUCACCCUUUCAGACUUUCUUCGAAUUUAACAACGGCGGCGGCGGCAAUCGUAUGUUCUUCGGCGGCGACGACGACAUGGAUACCGACGAUCCUUUCGGCCUCAGCGGUGGCAUGCGCCAAGGGGUAGGUGGACCAGGAGGUGCUUUUCGAUCGCAGUCCUUCAAUUUCGCUCCGCAGGGCAGGAGCGGUGGCAAGGAACGCGCCCAAGACCCGGCCAUCGAGCACGAUCUCUAUGUCAGUCUUGAGGAUAUCCUGAAAGGCUGCACAAAGAAAAUGAAGAUCUCCCGCCGAGUCAUGCAGCCAGAUGGCUCAUCUCGCAAAGAAGACAAAGUUUUGACCAUCAACGUGAAACCAGGAUGGAAAGCCGGCACAAAGAUUACCUUCCAGAAAGAGGGCGACCAAGGCAGAGGCAAAGUACCUGCAGAUAUCGUCUUCAUCAUCAGAGACAAACCUCAUUCGCAGUUCAGGCGAGAAGGAAGCGACAUUAGGUACACCUGCAAGAUGAGCCUGAAGCAAGCUCUGUGCGGUGCCGUCAUUCAAGUACCAACGCUCGGAGGCGAAAAAAUCACGUUGAAUCUCUCGAAAGAGAUCAUAAAACCAGCUACGGUCAAGAGAAUUCAGGGUCACGGUCUGCCCUUCCCUAAAGAACCAUCGAGAAAAGGAGAUCUAUUGGUAUCCUUCGACAUCAAAUUCCCAGAUUCACUAACGCAAUCGGCUAAAGAUAUACUGUUCGAUACGCUACCGAACUGAGAAGAAGAAACCGAGCGCAAACAUGAUUGUCCAACCGAUUAGAACAAGGAUCGCAUAAGCAGCAAGUAUAUUCAGCGAGCAGCAAUCCAAUAUUAUCAACAUCUAGUGAAGCUAUCUAUCUUAUUGUUUUGUACAUUUUAAUGCUGUAGACAAGAAAAAAUCGUUAGGCAAUCGGAUCAUGCUGCCGGUGACAAGACUUGAUUACUUUAUUUUCUUAAUUACUUAUGCGAAAAGACUCUUGUUGAUAUCUUAGUGUGUAAUCGAUCAAUUAUUAAACUUAGUUCAAUAGCUAGUUUGUAUCAUUCUAUUCCUUGAAACUUGAUAUCAAGUUUUUUGGACAUUGUUUUCGUAUUUCAUGAAUCAUAAACACAAUGUGUAACAGCGAAAGUGAACCCGGGUGAAACAUACUCUCAUUAAAAUAUUAUAAUAUUUUCGUAAAAAUAAAACCCUUUGUACAGACUAUCCUGUGACCUCUGAAUUGUGUAAAUUUUGAACUAUUGUAAGUAGAAUGACUAUUAUAAAACACAAAUGCGCAUCAUAUAAUAUAUAUUUGAAUCGAGUGCGAUUUAUAUGUAUGACUGAAUCAUAUAGGAUUUUAGGUUUCUAAGUUGUGGCUGAAUGCUACAUUACACUACGUAAUUAUAAAUAUUAUAUUAGAUAAAUUUUGUUGUGAAAGUAUGUAUGUUGUAUGAAUGUGAGACUGAAUAAUUUUUAUGUGCUCUGAGAGCACAGUUUUAUGCAUGAUGAAGCGAACGAAAGUUUUAUCUUGUAAAAAUAAAAUUUUAUGUUGUAUAAAUGAUUGAAUUGCUGAGGCAGAUGUAUAAAAUAUUGAUCCACAGCCACUUUGUAAGAUUCAAACGCCUCAGUUACUGCGUGAAGCAACUUUGUUUACGAAAAAUACCGAAGUUGUAAUUUAUAUACAAAAAACAUUUUUUGAUCAAAUAUAUCACGUUUGAUGAUAUAAAUUGAAAUGCGUAGUCGUCUUAUUUCUCUGCUGACUAAUUCUGAUGUUCUGCAAAGCGAUGAUGAACGCUAAACUUAGAUCCUUAUGAUUUUACUUGCUGUAUGAUUAAAAAUACAAACCAUACUUUACGCGACAAUACAAAUCUGUACUAGUUUUGCACGAGAAAGGUUACGUAUAAAAUAACAGCUCUUGCUCUCAAAAUUUUCUAGUCCCAAAAAUUGAUUUUAUUUUUAAAAAUUCAUUACGUUAAUCAAUUGAAAAUGAAUAUAUUUGGAUCGCACUCCUAAUAAAAUACUUGAAUCAUUAGAUUAAAAACGAAAACUGAAGUAGCCACG